AUGGCGUUGAGUGUACAACGACUGUUUCUGUACCCUGUCAAGUCGUUGCGACCGGUCGAGGUCAAGGCGGUGGAACUCACCAACGAGGGUCUUCGCUUCGACCGAUCGUUUAUCUUGGUCUACACCCCAACCGAGACGGCAACACCAGACCCGACUACUGGGCCACCGUUUGCUCAAUUCUUGACCAUCAAGCGAGUUUUUCGCCUUGCCCUGUUCCAGCCCGAGAUUGAUGACUCGUGGACAAACCUCACAAUCCGUUGGACCGGUCCCCCAUCGUCGGCAUCUUCAAUCGUUGUGCCACUGACGCCUUCGCCGAUGUCGCUACUUGGUGCUCAGACAUAUCAGGUCAGUGUCUUCGGCACUACUGCUCUUGGUGUUGAUGUUGGUGACGAAGUUGCGGCGUUCUUCUCAGGUCACCUUCAGGCAGACGUACGACUGCUAUUCAUUGGAGGGACUGGUAGGCGCGAGAUUCCUGGAGCGGCCUAUGUUGGAAAAGGGACAGAUGCCCUGACUCUGGCGCUGGAAGAAGGUCUCCGACCUCAACGGAUACGUUUCGCCGAUGCAGCUCCUUUGCUGGUCACCUCCACCGCAUCGGAGCACAAUGCCCGGAUGCGUUUGCCUCCAGCACAUCGCAACGAAGACAUCAUCCAAAGGUUACGACCAAACAUUCACAUCGAUGUUCAGGAUUUGUUGCCAGCUUACGAUGAAGACCGAUGGGCCACUCUGAUGGUAUCUGCUGAUGGCGGCGCGCAUCCGGUCACCAUCAAAUGCAUCUUCAACUGCGUGCGAUGCCUGAGCCUUAAUGCAGAUCCCGACACAGGCAACAUGAUCCCGCGGCAACGACAGCUCUACGGAUUGCUGGCAAGCGAUCGGCGGGUGAAUCCACGUUUCCCUCAUAAGCCGGUUUUCGGCCAGUAUGCCUUCGCUGGGCCCGCAGGAGCUAUUCUGCGCAUAGGCGAUAAGGUACAGGUCACAGAGCGAAGCUCACCGGUCAAGUGA